AUGUCUUCGACCAAAACAGAGAAUGCCAAAGAAAGUCUUCGUAGAGGAACUUCUAAUUUUUGGAUCAGAAGGUAUUGGGCCAGCUUCGUUCGUUUCCCCAUUUUGAAUAAACCUUUGAACCAAGUAAGAUCGGUUGGCUAUUCGUACUUGAAAAACAGCUUGAUUUCUUUGGACUUGGUGUCCACCCUGCGCCGCUUAUUUGUACAUGCCGAUUUAAUUCCAUACGACGAGAACCAUAAUUUUUUUAUUUCUGCUUUCCUUUCCAGCCUUAUCAUGAUAGUAGAAGACUACGAGUAUGUGGUCGGCAAUAGACCCACCACCUACCAUGUUGCAAUUCCUAAAGAAAUCAGCUCCAAAAAGCCAGUUUUAAAACUGCAUCCUGAUUUCAUCAAGUCAAGAAACUGUAAUUUGUAUUUUGAUGAAGAGUUUUACCAUUUUCUAACCUUCCUGACUCUAGAAAAAGCUAACAUAUUAUGGGAAGCUUUUAUGAACUUGAAGGGUGAUCAUACUCUUUUUCAAAGUCAAUUGACCAGUCAUGAUAAACUUGUCUUCAUGAGAAUUUGGCGGGAUUAUUUGUCAACUCUAGACAUCUUUAGAGAAUUCCAUUCCAUUCGUUGCAUUAUACUGUCUCAUGACUUUCUGCAGAAGGAAGAUAACUUAGGGCAAUUGGAGUUCUGGGACAAAAUUCAGAAGGAUUUCAGCUCAUUCGUCUAUUUCAAUGAUAGCAGGAAACCAUGGUAUUCCCCGUUUUCGUUAAACGUUCGAAUUCAAAAGUUGUUCAGUAUUUAUUCUGAUUCAUUCUCAGUAGGCACUUCUUUCGGCGAAUCAAAAGGCCAACACGGACAGAGAAGGCUUUCCCGAAGUUCUAAAAUUGUUGCCUCUCCGUAUGUCACUCCAAAGUUCCAAGGUUUAACGUUUACAAUACCUCCAUUUUUUCCACUGCACUAUUGGAGACAGUACGUCAUGGAAGUGUACAUCAGUAAAAGUUUCAAGCAAGAAAACGUCCCGCCUCUUAUGAAAACUGGCCAUAUUAUCAUAGAUCAUUCGAACUCGACAGUUGACGUUGAAGCCAUCAGACAUCGCUACGGCUUAAGCACAUUUAGAAGUACGACAAAUAGCUAUGUCGAGUCAUUGUUUUACAGUGAUCGGCUUGAUCUUUUUUACUUGCCAUUAGUUGAAUUAAACACAAAAAUCCUUUAUGUUCUGGGAUACUUGGCGGAUCCAAGUGACGUCUUAUCUGAUUCUGACCCCGACGACGAUUCGAUAAAGGUUAUCGUGGAAGAGUUGAGUGAUAUGAACGUUGAGGAAAUGGUUGCUAGGAUUCAAUCUUUGGCUAAACCCAAGUUCUUGAAAACAUUCAAUGUUGACGAUUUGAUUCAGUACCUAGCGGAUUUUUACGAGUUCUUGCUGCAUGUAGAGUUACCAACAAAAUUAGAAAUUGAAGCCAGGAAAAUCCAUGAGUUGGUUGAGUCGUCGUGCAUCACAGGAGAGAUUUUGGAACUUUGUUUCAUAUUCUACGGAGAGUGCAUGACAUUCGGACUAUCAGUUUGGUUUAUCAAAUGCUUGGACAUAAUAGGUGAAGAUUUGAUGAAAUUUGAGGCUGUUGUAUUUAAUGAGAUCCAUUGUACAAAAGAACUCCCUCUGAAAGAAGCAUACCCAUACUUACAUUAUGUGAUGGAGAAGUUCACUUUUGAAUUCACACAUGAUAAUCACAUACAAUAUUUUGUCAACUUAUUUUCUUACUUCACCGUUAGCCAAAAAGAAAAUACCUGGCAGAAAUUUAAUCACGUCCCAGAACAAUUGCAAGCGUUUGAAAAAAGGUUCAGGUCUGUAUGUGACGACAUAGAAUGCAUGGUGAUGACAUUGUCUAUUGUACAACUAAUUCAUUUUUAUUGGAACGAAUCUGGUGUAAAUUUUUCUUGCAAUUGGGACCACACGGCCAAAACUAUUUACACUCAUAUUCAAAACUGUAAUGAUAUCCAGCAAUUUAGCAGUUUGAAGAAUGGAUUAUCUGGGGAGAUAGUCGAUCUAUUUCAACUUCAAUUUUCAGCUGAUGAAACGAAAAGCAUUCAAAGAUCCGAAUUUGACCCACAGUUUCUCUCCUCUUAUCUGGUGAAUGCCGACCACACUUCAAUUAACCCCAAACAAAGUGUCAAAAUGAUUGUAAUGCAAAAGCUGGUGGAACUCUUCGUGUUGUCAACACAGUCAACCAAGCAAGAUCAGUUUUACAGAUUGUUGAAAAAGGUAUUCCAUCUAUCAGAUACAUUGAGGUUACAAUUUCUUGGCACAAUCUUUGAAAUGAGCUGCAUUUUGAAGACAAGUCUGACAUUGUACAAUUCAAUCUAUGAACAAGUCUACGAAAUGCACUUCAACACUCAUAGUUUGACCACUACAUUGAUUGACUUUCCACGCAUUCAACAACAACGCCAUAAGCAAAAAGAUCUUAAGUUCCAAUCAGUGAAAUUGAGCCCCACUUCUGGGUCCAACGGAUUGGAAGAUGCCAGGGAUUAA